AUGCCGAACCCCAACAUUGUGCGUGAAGGAAACAGCGACAAGGAGAGCAUCGAAGGCAACACCUUUAUUGUUUCUGUCAACCAGAAGACAUCCAGAGCGUUCAUAUGUGUGGACCCAACAACAGGCUACGAGAUGGAUGCAAGGACAGCGUCGACGGACCACAUUGUCAUGCGACUGACAAACUGCCAUUGGAGAGCACAAUACUUGAUUCGCAAGUGGUGGAGCUGUCCCAACAAGGGAGCGAAGACGUAUAAAGUAUGGGGGAGGGGAAGGAGGAUCAGGAUAUUGACGGUGAUCUGUGCACUACAAUGGGCACCGCAUUUUGUCGGCGAACCAAAACAGGCAGUUUAUGCGGAAGUGUUCCGCGACAUCGGCGCUCUCUGGGCUGAGGUUUUGGACGACGCGACAGUCAGAGCCAACUCAGAGGGCUAG